AUGGUUAAGUGUGUACUAUUUUUAAGCGUCCUUGUGUUGUUGGAGGUAGUGAUAUGUAAGUCUAAUAUAUCGAAAUGCUUAUUUUUUGACAAACGAAAUUCAGAUUUAAAACAAACGUUUUACGUACCUACGAGUGAUGUUAACAUGUACAAAGCUACAAUUCAAAAGUUGUUGACAAAAGAAAUUAGUUUACUUGAUGAAUCAUUGGAUGGUAAUGAAAAAAGCAGCUUAAAUAAUAGUAACAAUAAUAUUUCAAAUUUUGAAGAUAUUAAACAAAAGGAUGAAAAAAAAAAAAAAAAUAAAGAAUUUGAAGAGAAAUUAAAAUAUAUUGAAAAGUAUAGAAAUUAUGCCAGGAAUGUAUUAAAAAAUGUUGAAUUCAAGUGUGAAAGUAUUGAUGAUUAUGAGUCCAAGAUUAAAUGUAAUUUGUGUGUGUAUACUGAAAUUGUAAAUAAUAAGCACAUAAGACAAGGACAAAUAGUACAAAUUUUUAUGAAUGAAUGUAUGUAUGGUUUUUAUUAUUAUGACAAUAUUAAUCAAUACACUUCAAAUAAUAAAGCCAUCAAAAAUAUUAGUGACCAUAACUCAGAGUCCAAGUUGGACGAUAUUUACUUUAGCAUUACGAAAGAUGUAGUUAAUGGGAAUACUGACCAAAUCAAUUUCUUUAAGCAACAGUCAAGCAAGUACCACCCAGUGUGUUACGUCACUGAGUGA